GCACCUGUUACAAAAUGGCCGUCAGUUUUGUAGUGUGAACGUUCGUAUAUUUCAGAGGUUAAAGUUGACAUUAAUUUCACGUAUCACAGUUUGACAAUUAUAGUAGGUUCACAUGGAUUUAGGGAACAGGCGAAAAAGUUCUGACAAGAGCUUUGAUACGGAUGAUGAUUCUGAUUAUGCCAUGAUAAAACGUAUCAAAAUGGAACCUGAAGCUAUAUUGCCCCAGGAGGACGAUAUAAUGGCUCAGUUACAACAGGAAAGCUCGGAUUUAGAAGUAGAACCUAGUUUUGCCUUAGAAGGUGCCGCGAACGGAGACGAUUGUAACGAAGGUGUCCUGAUACAACAUAUGGACAUAAGGGAGCCUCUCUCUACCUUACGGAAUUUAUUGGAACAAAGGCUAGGAGUUGAAUUAACAGAGUAUUCCUUUUGGUUGCAAGAUGCGCAGAUGUUAGAGAGUCACAAGAAUCUGGUUGACCAAUGCGUGCAAGGUGAAGGGUUAGUCCAAGUAAAUGUUCAAAUAAAAGCAACUCAAAGGCGUAUUAAUAUAGUAGAUGUCUUGAAGCCUGCUGAAGAUUAUAUAGAACUAGCGGAGAAUACCACAGCUGCACCAGUUAAUGAAGACAAUAAACGAAAUGUUAUAAGGUGGAUGGUUGAUCCACAAUAUAAGAAAGAGCAGGAACGUUUAAAAAUUCCUGCCGAUCCUAAGGAAUGGACACAAACCCACGUGAAGCAUUGGCUUCAGUGGGCAGUUAGGCAGUUCAAUUUGGCUUCUGUAAGAUUAGCAGACUGGAAUAUUACAGGACAACAAUUGUGUAACCUCACACUUGAGGAGUUUCAAGCUAAAGUACCGCUGGAUCCGGGCGAAGUGUUUUGGACUCACUUAGAAUUACUUAGGAAAUGCAAAUUCGUUGCUGUUGUGCAAAAAGAUUCACCAGAGUCACCCACAGAAAACAACGCGGACAGGUCCAUAAAAGUUCGAAAUCAGAAGGCCACGAAACCAAGACCUUUGGUGAAUCAGCAGGCGCGUGUAGUUAGUGUUCCUCUCGAAAAUAUCGAUGCUACGCCAAUCACGAUAGCAACCUCCAGCCGUUCAGUUAAUAGUGGUCAAAUACAAUUGUGGCAGUUUCUGUUAGAGCUGUUAACCGAUCGGGAACAUAGAGGAGCUAUUCAGUGGGUGGGAGCAGAGGGUGAAUUCAAAUUAAAUCAACCGGAAGCUGUUGCACAGCUUUGGGGUGCGCGAAAGAAUAAACCUUCUAUGAAUUAUGAAAAAUUAAGCCGAGCGUUGCGUUAUUAUUACGACGGAGAUAUGAUUUCGAAAGUUCAUGGAAAGAGGUUCGUGUACAAAUUUGUGUGUGAUCUUAAGCAAGUACUGGGCUACUCGGCCGCUGAGUUGGGUCGAUUAGUGGACGAGGGUAGAAGAUAUUUCUGAUCGAAUAUUUUUCUAUUACUGCAACGACCUUAUGGUACUUCCAGAGUAUUUUGCAUCAACUAUUGUAUAUAUUCAGUGGAAAUUACACGGUUAUUGUCGAGACAAUCGAACUGUACAUCGAAACAUAGAAAUUAAUAAAAAAAAAUUAAAUAUA